AUGGGCUCGGUGAUCACUGUGACGAACAAACGUAUACGAAAAACUGAUUAUAAAACACAGCAAAACAACGCCAAAGAUCGAAAGACAACUGCUAAAAAAGGACGAGGGGCACCGGUCACAUUAGUUUCAACUAUUAAGCCGUUCGACUACAUAAUAAAGACAAUAAUUGCGAUCAAACAUGACCUGACCGAGAUGAAUUCUCUUAAUAGCGGUUUGUAUAACUCUGUUGAAUUGAUGUAA